AUGAAUCCGAAGUCAAAGACUAGGAGGACCCACCCCCAGAAAAUCGAGUACGCGUAUAACUCUGCGGUGUCAGUUAGGUGGGACUCAGAUGCAGCUAAUGGGAGGCCAUCGUCUCUGGAUGUGCUGCUGGAGUGGCUGGUGGUUCCUGGGAAUGCUGAGCGCUGGUGUGUAGCGUCCGGAAAGCAUGAUGGAUCGCAGUCGAUAUUGGCCUCUGAAGUCUACGACUUGCUGCUGGUCCAUGGCAUCACGUACCGCAGUCGCCGUUCUGUCGUCAGGAAGCUUCGCUGGUGGGAGGAACAGUUCGACAAAGCUGAAAGCUUGCUCAGGAAAUCUGGGAUUCAACAGUUUGAUGACUCCGCCGAGGCUGAACGCAUGGUGCUAAGAAUGUGCCCCGCAUACCCACAGAUAGCAUCUGUGUUCCGUUCAGCACGUCAAUCGCCAGAAGUUGUCUCCAAGCGGGUGCAUACUCGUGGCAAAAGUGACACCAUGAAGCGCUCAAAACGGGUCCAAGGCAAUGCUGAGCAGGCAAGUUUAAGGGACGCUGAGAUAAGUGUCCGUCGUGAGCUUUACAAGAUGGAGCUCCAAGCUAAGCGCGAUGAGGCCAUCUGCGUGAGGGUGACAGCGCGCAAGGAUCUGCUGGAGUUAGGCGUCUCAGUGGCCGAGGUGGACCGACUGAUGCCGCUGUGGGAGUCCGACGCUCAGAUGGAGUAA